CUGUGUCCCUCCAUCCCUACAGCUGAAGGCACCCGGUGCACUGACCCACCUGCAGGCAAACCGGCCAUGGCGGCCAAGCGCAAAGGCGGCCUCAAGCUCAACGCCAUCUGUGCCAAGCUGAGUCGCCAAGUGGUGGUGGAGAAGGGAGCAGAGGCUGGCUCCCAGGCGGAGGACAGCCCGCUGAGGCCCCGGGACAAAGAGCGCAGUGGCCCUGAGUCUGGGGUGGCUCGGGCCCCAUGCAGUGAAGAAGACAAGAGGCGGGCAGUGAUUGAGAAGUGGGUCAAUGGGGAGUACAGCGAGGAGCCGGCACCUGCACCCGUGCUGGGGCGGAUCACCCGCGAGGGCCUGGAGCUGCCUCCCGAGGGUGUCUACAUGGUCCAGCCUCAGGGCUGCAGCGAUGAGGAAGACCACGCGGAAGAGCCCUCCAAGGAUGGCAGUGUCCCAGAGAAGGACUCAGAUGGGGCAGCCUCAAAGGGCGACAGUAGCCCCGGCAUCAAGCAAGCUUCAGGAGAGGCCUCCUCGCUAAGGGACUAUGCGGCCUCCACCAUGACGGAGUUCCUGGGCAUGUUUGGCUAUGAUGACCAGAACACGAGGGAUGAACUGGCCAGGAAGAUUAGCUUUGAGAAGCUGCAUGCGGGCUCCCCCGCUGAGGCGACCCCCUCUUCCAUGUUACCCACCUCUGAGGAAAGCCUCAGCAAGCGGGCGCGCUUCUCCAAGUAUGAGGAGUACAUCCGCAAGCUCAAGGCCGGCGAGCAGCUCUCCUGGCCAGCCCAUGGCACCAAGGCUGAGGAGCGGGCAGGCAAGGAGAUGGUGGGCCCUCUGCCCGGCCUGCGGCUGCCCAGCAACACCACCCACCUGGAGACCAAGGCCACCAUCUUGCCCCUGCCAUCACACAGCAGUGUCCAAAUGCAGAACCUGGUGGCCCGGGCCUCCAAGUAUGAUUUUUUCAUUCAAAAACUGAAGACCAGUGAGAACCUGCGCCCUCAGAAUGGGAGUGCCUACAAGAAGCCGUCCAAGUAUGACCUGGAGAACGUCAAGUACCUGCACCUCUUCAAACCCGGGGAGGGCAGCCCCGACAUGGGCGGGGCCAUCGCCUUCAAGACAGGCAAGGUGGGGCGCCCCUCCAAGUAUGACGUCCGGGGCAUCCAGAAGCCAGGCCCCGCCAAGGUUCCGCCCACCCCCAGCCUGGCUCCUGCACCCCUCGCCAGUGUGCCCACUGCUCCCAGUGCCCCCGGGCCGGGGCCCGAGCCACCUGCCUCCCUGUCCUUCAAUACUCCCGAGUACCUGAAGUCUACCUUCUCCAAAACAGACUCCAUCACCACGGGGACCGUCUCCACUGUCAAGAACGGAUUGCCCACAGAUAAACCAGCUGUCACCGAAGAUGUAAACAUUUACCAGAAAUAUAUUGCCAGGUUUUCAGGCAGUCAGCACUGUGGCCACAUCCACUGUGCCUACCAGUACCGAGAGCACUACCACUGCCUGGACCCGGAGUGCAACUACCAGAGGUUCACGAGUAAGCAGGACGUGAUCCGGCACUACAACAUGCACAAGAAGCGGGACAACUCCCUGCAGCACGGCUUCAUGCGCUUCAGCCCCCUGGACGACUGCAGCGUCUACUAUCACGGCUGCCACCUCAACGGGAAGAGCACCCACUACCACUGCAUGCAGGUGGGCUGCAACAAGGUGUACACGAGCACGUCCGACGUGAUGACCCACGAGAACUUCCACAAGAAGAACACCCAGCUCAUCAACGAUGGCUUCCAGCGCUUCCGAGCCACCGAGGACUGUGGCACGGCGGACUGCCAGUUCUACGGACAGAAGACCACGCACUUCCACUGCAGGCGUCCUGGCUGCACGUUCACCUUCAAGAACAAGUGUGACAUCGAGAAGCACAAGAGCUAUCACAUCAAGGACGACGCCUACGCCAAGGACGGGUUCAAGAAGUUCUACAAGUACGAGGAGUGCAGGUACGAGGGCUGCGUGUACAGCAAGGCCACCAACCACUUCCACUGCAUCCGCGCCGGCUGCGGCUUCACCUUCACCUCCACCAGCCAGAUGACCUCGCACAAGCGCAAGCACGAGCGCCGCCAUGUCCGCUCCUCGGGCGUGCUGGGGCUGCCACCCUCGCUGCUGGGCGCCAAGGACACGGAGCCCGAGGAGUCCAGCAACGACGACCUGGUGGACUUCUCUGCCCUGAGCAGCAAGAACUCCAGCCUGAGCGCCUCCCCCACCAGCCAACAGUCCUCUGCGUCCCUGGCCACUGCCGCUGCCACCACCGAGGGCACGCCCAGUGCCACCAAGCCUCCUAGCAGCAAGAUCCAGGGGCUGAUGCCCCAGGGCCUGCCAGGCUCCAUCCCCCUGGCACUGGCCCUCUCCAACUCGGGCCUGCCCACCACCGCACCCUACUUCCCCCUUCUUCCUGGCCGUGGGAGCACCUCCCUGCCUGUGGGUGCCCCUGGCCUCCUGGGUGCCAUGUCAUCUGGGGCAGCAGCCUCAGCAACCCCCGACACACCUACCUUGGUGGCUUCGGGAGCUGGAGAUUCGGCCCUGGUGACUGCCACCUCUGUCCCGGUGCCCCCUGCCUCCAUCAUGGAGAGAAUCUCUGCGAGCAAGGGCCUCAUCUCACCCAUGAUGGCCAGAUUGGCCGCAGCUGCCCUCAAGCCCUCUGCCACCUUUGACCCAGGAAGCGGGCAGCAGGCCACCCCUGCCAGGUUCCCUCCAGCCCAGGUAAAGCUGGAGCCGGGUGAGAGCGCUGGCACCCCAGGCCCCCUUGAGGCCUCCCAAGACCGCAGUCUAGACCUGACUGUAAAGGAAUCCAGUAAUGAAUCAAAUGGCCACGCAGCCCCGGCAAAUUCAUCUCUUUUAUCCUCGCUUAUGAAUAAGAUGUCUCAGGGCAACCCCAGCCUCGGUAGCCUGCUAAGCAUCAAGACAGAAGCAGAGGGGAGCCCCGCCGCGGAGUCCUCGCCCUUCCUGGGCAAGGCUGCAAAGGCUGUGGUUCAGGAGAAGCUCUCAGAGCCCUGGAGAGGGUACCUACGCAGGUUUGGUACCAAGGACUUCUGCGACGCCCAGUGUGACUUCCUCCACAAGGCACACUUCCAUUGCGUGGUGGAGGAGUGUGGUGCACUCUUCAGCACCCUGGACGGGGCCAUCAAGCAUGCAAACUUCCACUUCCGGACGGAGGGCGGAACAGUGAAAGGAAGCUCAGAGGCUUCCUUCCCGGCCUCUGUUGCUGAGACCAAACCUUCCUUGGCACCCUCACCCCCUCCGGCACCUCCUGGCACCACAGUCCCGGGGACCUGUCUGGAGGGACCUGCUCCCAGCCCGGCCUCGGUGCCCUCCACCCCCACCCUGCUCGCCUGGAAGCAGCUGGCUUCCACCAUACCCCAGAUGCCUCAGAUUCCCGCAUCAGUGCCUCACCUGCCCGCCUCACCCUUGGCGACGACUUCUCUAGAGAAUGCCAAGCCCCAGGUCAAACCCGGAUUCCUCCAGUUCCAGGAGAAGUGAGUCCCUCCAUGAGCCGGGCGCCCCAUCCCCCAGCGUCUUGGGAGUGGGUGUGGCAAGGGCAGGAGGAGGCCCUGUUCCUCACCGUGCAGAGUUAACACUGGAUGUCCCCACCCUCUGGGAAACGGCCUCUGGGCCACAUCCUUCUAGCCAAAGAUGCUGUGCUUGCGCCACCUCUCUGCCCAUCCCAAGCAGCCAGCCGGUGGCAGGUAGCAGCAGUGGUCCCCAGGACCAGUUGGGAUGGGCUGAGAGUGGAUUCGCAGGUCUCCUGGCCCAACAGGGAGGGUCUCCCUCGCUGGCCUCUUCAGUGGCUCGAACCUGCUGAGAUUGCAGGGCCGGGGAAGUCACAGGUGGGUGUGAUGGGCUAGGCCCCUCCCAGGCCUGCACCCCCUGCAUAGUGGCCUGAGUCUCGGGUGGAAGGGACCUUUCUCACUGAAUGGUGGUGGCUCCUUGCGGCGAGAACGGUGACUUUGUAUCGUAAUGUGUGCGGCUUCCUGUUCUCAAUAAAAGUAAUAAAUUGGAUUAUUUAUACCG